GGUCUUGACAAGUCUCAACUCGACUCUCGCGCGGCCGGUAUUCAAAAAAAAAAACAAGGCUGACAUAAUCAUAGCACGAUCUUCCUAGUUUAGCACAUGCAGUCUCAGAGUCAUCUCCUCGAGGCCUGAACACAGUCGUGCUAGAACGACGAUCUACUUCACGUCUCAUGCAUAGAUACCCUUAGAACUUCAACUCGCAAUGCUUAAUUUACUGCCCGCUACUCUUCGCUUCUUGCUUGGCUCAAUACUUUGGCUCGACUUCUCUCAGCCACCUGCUGUCCUGCCAGCCCGCACCCCGCUGUCUUUCCAGCUGCGGCACGAGCAUGCUCUAACUAAUGAUUCUAGGGUGAUCUUCUCCAAUGUGGAUUCAUCAUUCGCCGCAGAUUCGUUCGUUAUGAGUACAUCGAAUAUCCAAACGCACAGACCGCAGUCGGCGAAGGCAUUUCAUAGCGCUCGACUACGCUCUAUUAGAUAUGACCAGAGCGAACAGGUAUUGUGGGAUACAGCCUACGUCCUCGGACCGAACGUUGAAGAGAGAGAGACGCUGCUUACACUUGCGAAGAUGACCUCUAAUGCAUAUACGUCAUCCACGGCGUCAGAUUGGUACACACCGGAGGGCUGGAAUAAGUCCAUACCGUUUGGUUGGGAACCUGACGCAGAUGGCAUUCGAGGGCAUAUCUUUGUCUCGGACGACAACUCAACAGUGGUGCUUUCGAUCAAGGGUACUUCCGCUGGCUGGAUUACAGGUGGUGGUGGCCCAACUGUACGAAGGGAUAAGUUGAACGAUAACCUUUUGUUUUCUUGCUGCUGUGCAAAAGUUGGCCCGACUUGGUCAACGGUUUGCGAUUGCCACCAGGGUGGCUAUAAAUGUGAGCAGGAAUGUCUGGAGAGGAGUUUGAUGGGGGAGAACUUGUAUUAUUCUGUUGGAAUGAAUUUAUAUAAUAACAUCACAUAUUUGUAUCCCGAUGCCAAUAUCUGGCUCACAGGGCAUUCUCUCGGUGGUUCCCUCGCCUCACUUAUCGGUGUAACAUUUGGAGCACCUGUCGUCGCAUUUGAAGCGCCCUCUGAGAAAUUAGCCGCGACGCGUUUGCACCUGCCUUCUCCACCCUCGACACAACACAUCACCCACGUCUUCCACACAGCUGACCCUAUCCCAAUGGGCACCUGUACCGGUGUUGCUUCGUCUUGUGGCCUCGCAGGCUACGCUAUGGAGACACGCUGCCAUUUGGGAAAGGUCAUCCGCUAUGAUACCGUCACGCAUCUCGGAUGGUCUGUUGAUGUACGGACGCACUCGAUCGUUCAAAUCAUCGAUAGGUUGUUGAGUGAGGAUUGGACUCAGGAAGGACAGGACAGGACGGUGCCUGAGGCGAAGGCGGAUGACGAAGACUGUGUUGAUUGCUUUAACUGGGAGUUUGGCAGCUUUAAGGGCCAGAGUUAAUCUCGGUCAUGGAAGCGGAAAACUUAUGAUUACAAUUGUAUAUGACGUAUAACUAAUUUGAGCUUGGGCUAGAACGUUCUGAACAGCCGUUCUUGACACUUUGAGGGAAGCCGUAGAUCCCCGACUCCCUAGUUGGGUUUUACGCAAGCAUGCCCUCGUUUCUGUCAAAGGACAUGUCGUGG